CAAACACCCACAAGCACACGGCCUUCAGUCAGCCUCGUGGCUUCUUAAAGGAAUACAGACCUGUGCAACUAACGGGAAGUCACUGCUGGAAGCCGCUGCUCUGAAGUCAGUGCGGAAACGUACCUAUUUUGAAAUCACUGCGUGAAGACGAGCAAAUGACCACAAAUGACCAAUACCUAUGACUCUAUGAGAAAUUAGGCACAGCAGUCAUUUGAUAAUUUCAAUAUUUUGGAGUUUUUCAAGGAGACGAAUCGGGUACAAGGGUUGCUGAAGAAGACGUUUGACAGGUUGACAGUUUAACAGUUAAGAAAGCCUCGGAGCAUCUUGGGAGACACUUCUCUGCAUAUAUGAAGCCAGACUCCGUUGCCAUGAGUACGCUGAGCAGCGUGUGUAAGCAAGAUGUGGUGUGCAUCUUCGGCACGGGUGACUUCGGCCGCUCUUUAGGCCUCCGCCUGCUCCAGGCGGGGUAUGAGGUCGUCUACGGAUCCAGAGACCCCAAAAACUCAGCUUUGCUGCCCAAGGGGGCCAAGGUUAUGACCCACGAGGAGGCGGCUCAGACGGCCAGAGUGAUCUUCGUGGCCGUUCAUCGAGAGCACUAUGACUUUCUGACCUCUUUGAGCCCGGCUCUGGAAGGGAAAGUGCUGGUGGAUAUCAGUAAUAACCUAAGUAGGGGUCUAUACCCACAAUCCAAUGCUGAAUACCUGAGCACACUGGUACCAGGAGCUGUUGUGGUCAAAGCCUUCAACACCAUCUCCGCAUGGGCACUGCAGUCUGGGGGGCUGGACGCCAACAGACAGGUGCUGAUCUGCGGCAACAACCCUGAUGCUAAGCAGGCAGUGGUGGACAUCGCCCACAGUCUUGGCCUCACCGCCUUGGACCGAGGGUCCCUGAAAGCAGCUUCUGAGCUGGAGGACAUCCCCCUCCAGCUCUUCCCCAUGUGGAGACUCCCCUUCCGUAUCGCCGUUGGACUGCUGGCAGUCCUCUUCAUCUAUGUGUUAAUCCGGGAUGUCAUCUACACGUGGGUCAUGGAAAAGAAGGACAUUUCUUUCCGCAUUAUGGUCUCCCUGGCCAAUAAAGUGUUCCCGAUGGUCGCUUUGGUGAUGCUGGCACUGUGCUAUCUGCCAGGUGUCAUGGCCGCCUUCCUACAGCUCUACAACGGCACCAAAUAUCGCCGUUUCCCCGACUGGCUGGACCGUUGGAUGCUGUGUAGGAAGCAGCUGGGAUUGCUGGCUCUAGCCUUCGCUUUCCUGCAUGUGCUCUAUACCUUCGCCAUCCCCAUCAGAUACUAUGUAUUCCACCGCAGAUUCACCUUCACUUCCACAAUGAUCAAAGAGAAUAAAACCUACGAGUUCGACAACGUCAUGGCCUGGCGCUCCGACUCCUACCUGGCUAUGGGAAUGCUGGGAUUUGCAUUGUUUGUUUUAUUGGGAAUCACAUCCCUCCCGUCUGUCAGCAACUCACUCAACUGGAGAGAAUUCAGCUGUAUACAGUCUAAACUAGGUCAUCUGACCCUGCUGCUGUGCACAGCUCACACCUUUCUAUAUGGCUGGGACAAGUUCCUGAAGCCCUCUGCUUAUAAGUGGUGGAUGCCACCUGGCUACAUGCUGUCCCUGGUGGUUCCUUGCGUGGUUCUGAUUCUGAAAUUGUUCCUGAUCACUCCAUGUAUGGACCGCACCAUCACCCGCAUACGCCAGGGCUGGGAGAGAUCCGCCAAAGCUGGCACGCCACACAAGAAGGGGAAGAGCAAUCAGCCGUUAAUUCUGUAAAGGACGCUAAACACAGUGUGUGCUCUGAAAAUGAAAGUUCUUCAGAAAUUGUCAGAGGUGGGUAGAGUAGCCUGAACCCACACUUAGGGAAAGGUAUUGUUAUUGUAAUGAAGUAAUGGCUGACGUAGAAGUAAAAGUAGCCAGCAAAAACAAACUUUAGCAUUUAAUCCAAAGACUUGUUAUGUUUUAAGCUCCUUGUAGAACCGGAUCUCUAGCACAAAGUUCAAACACACCUUGCUCUAACAUGUAGACGUUCCUAAAGGCCUUUAUGUGUGCUAGAUUUGGGUUGGAUCUAAACCGUGCAGGGUGGUAGAUCUCCAGGAUAAGGACAGAGCACCCCUGCUCUAGUACAUCUAGCAUCUAUAAGCAUAGAAACUGCAGUUCAUUUGGCACAACUCUUGGGAUCCUUUUGGUCUAAACCAGUGGUCACAACCCCCUGGAGAUCUCCUUUCCAGCGGACCUAACAGGCUUACACCCCACUUCCCUGACACCGAUGCAUCUGAUCCAGCCAGGUUCAUUAGCUGAAGCAGGUGUGGCAGACUGUGGUUGGAGACUCCACAGGAAGGCACAUCUCCAGGGCCAAGGUUGGUGAACACUGGUCUAAAACUAAAAAGCUAAAACUCAAAAGUGAGAAAAGUGAUCAGCAAAUGUGGAGCAAACAGAUCGAAUGAAGUGAAGCCCAGAAAAAGGAACUAGUGACUAAAUAUGGUGGCCAAAAUGGAGGCAAAAGUAGCUUCUUAGCCUUACGGAUAGACUUCAUUAGAAGGAAAAUUGUCUCAGAGAAGUAUCCAUCCAUUAGAAUUUACAUAUACAGGUAAAGUAUAUUGAACUGAGCAGUGGCGUUACUACUGGGGAUCACUGGGACACAUGGCUCCUCAUAGAUACUGACACAAUUGUACACUCAUGGCUCACAGAAAUGUCCAGUUUCUUAACAACAUACCUCACCAAGUGGCUUCCAUCAACGCUACACAGACAGCUAUGAUGUCUGUGUAUCUGCUGUAUGUUAAACCAUGUUUAAUUUGAUCAUUGACAACCCACAACAUGAUAUAUUUAUUAUUUUUAACUGUAAAAUCUUAGAUACUAGAUGUUUGAGACAAUAGUUAAUAUUGGUAACAGUAGAUUGUUGACAACUGCACUAGGCAGACCUGAACUGCUGGUCCAACAGUAGACAGUAACAGUAGUUAAAUUGAUGGGUCAUCACUGUCAUCACUGACAGAAUUAGGAUUAAAAUCCAACAUUUUUUCAUUUUAUUUCAUUUUUUGUAGGUUUAAAACCUUCUUGAUACGCACAUAUCCAUAUUAAAAGUAGAGGCCCCAAAAAGGGUUCUUUGGAGCAAGGACAUAGAAGAGGUUAGGUUCCUUAGGUUCCUUCAAGAACAUAAUUUGUCCUACAACUGUACUAACAAAGAACCUUUGGGAACUUUACUUUGAAGAGUUUAGAGCACAACUAGAGUAGCACAAUUGUAUUAUACUUCCGUAACCAUCGGCCAUCAUCAACUUGAUUUUGGUGGCGCUGCUGAUCUUUUGACCCCUUCUAAGCUAUCUAGAAGCCUCAGUAGGGCUUUCAGUGCUGAUUUCAGGCCACAUUUCUCUGUAGUGUAUAAAGCACUUUAACAUGGCUUCUUAAUUCCCAUCAUUUCUGAGCUAUUUCCUCACAAGUUUCUCUCAAAGGAAUUUUCUCUUUAGAUGUAAUCGAUCCGGCCCUGGGCAGCAACUUCCUGCACCGUCUGCCUCAAAGUCUGCUUCUUUUCUUCAGAGAAAUGCUUUUCUUUCUCUCUCAUGUGGAGUAGAAAAGGAUUGUCAUUCAUCAUGUCAAUCAUGUGUCCAGACUGCAAUACGCUUGUAUAGAGCUUUAAUAAAAAACCACAGCCACAUAU